CUGUGAACACAUUAGUCAUUUUUUUACACAAAAGCAAGAGGAAAAAACGGUGCGCAAGAUUAUUUUAAACAAAUACGCUGCAAAUAUUUCGUCUUAAUUAAUGCAAAUUACAAAUAAAUUCCAAGUCACUGUAAGGUAAACGCAGUGCUCUGGCCCAAAGCUGACUGACGACAAUAAGAACUACACCAGCUAACAGUGACAACGGGACUUUGUUUUGUGACGCAUGAAAAUCGAUUGCGAGACAAACAAGAAACACAAAAAGUGUAAUAACAACGAAACAACGUAGGCAAACGUAAUUAACAAUUGCACAAAUUAUUAAUAGGCAGCUAAGUGCGCGCUUGGUUAAAGAGAUGGGGAUAUUUGGGCAGUCGUCGCCAUUUGAUGCCGAUGUGGAGAAAGCCACCAGCGAGACGAACACAAAUGACAACUGGUCCUUUAUAUUGGAUGUCUGUGAUAAGGUGUCCACCAAUCCGCGCCUGGCAAAGGAUUGCCUCAAGGCCGUAAUGCGGCGCAUGGGACAUGCCGAUCCACAUGUUGUUAUGCAGGCCAUCACGUUGCUGGAUGCCUGUGCCAACAAUUGCGGCAAGCCUUUUCAUCUGGAGAUUGCCUCACGUGACUUUGAAACGGAAUUCCGUCGUCUGCUCAGCAAGGCGCAACCCAAAGUUAGCUUGAAAAUGCGACAGGUGCUGAAGAGCUGGGCAGAGAGUGACUUUAAGAACGAUCCAGAGCUGAACCUUAUACCCACUCUAUAUGGCAAGCUGCGCAGCGAAGGCUACGACUUUAGCAGUCUGUCGGAGAAGAGCAGCGGCAAAUCAGCGGCGGCCAAAGCAGCAGCUGCCAGCUUGGCCAAGGAUCCCAAUGUGGUGAGUAGUCAGCAGGAGGAGGAUGACAUUGCCAAGGCCAUAGAGCUGUCGUUGAAGGAGACCAAAGGCAGUCCCAAGCAGCAAUCAAGUGGAGGUCAAGGCGUCGCCUCCUCUGCCACCAAUACCAGCAGUGCCUAUCCAUCGCUUUAUCCAAGCUUUGGCACAAAUGGAGGAACUAGUAGCACCGCCGCUGCUGCUGCACCUUCCGCUUCAGCGCGCACUGUGCGCGCUCUAUACGACUUUGAGGCGGCGGAGGAGAACGAGUUGACAUUCUUUGCGGGCGAGAUAAUUCAGGUGCUAGACGACAGCGAUGCCAACUGGUGGAAAGGAUACAACGAUCGCGGCGAGGGCCUUUUUCCCUCCAACUUUGUCACUGCCGAUUUGUCCGUGGAUCCCGAACGCCUGGACAUCAAUCAACAGCACAAGCAGGCAACGCAGCCUACUGCGGCGCAGGAACAAAAGACUGAAGCGGCUGCGCCACAGCCCGUGGAAAUAAAUGAGGCCAAAAUUGAUCGACUGCUGCAUUUGCUGCACGAGGCGAAUCCCGAGGAUCCUUCGCAGGACAGCGAGGAAAUGAUACAGCUGGAGCAGCAGGUUCAUCAAAUGGGACCGCUCAUCGAUGCCGAGCUGGAGCGUGUGGAUCGCAAGCACGCGCAGCUCACCCAACUCUCCAGCGAUCUGGUGGAUGCCAUUAAUCUCUAUCACACUUUAAUGCGCGACGAUCGCGCUGCUGCAGCUCAGUUUGGGCCCACAGCUGGCGGCGCUUACAUGCCUGGAGGCUUUCCUGGUGCUGCUCUAUAUGGAGCACCUGGCUAUCCCAGUGCUGCAGGCUAUACGCCAGAACAGAGCUAUGCAAUGAUGCGUGGCUUACACUACAUGGCGCCACCGCCGGCGGCUGCUGCACAAGCAUCCAUGCCUUAUCAGAAUGGGCAUGUGGCGCCGCCUCAUCCACAGCAGCUGAACUCUUUACCCACGCACUUGACGCAGGCGCCAGCAGCAGUUGCUGGAGCACCAAACAUGUAUCAACCCAGUCCUGUGCCCAAUGCGCAGCAGCAGCAGCAGCAACCACCCUACACCAAUCAACAUUUGCCACCAGUUACCACUCAUCAGCAGCAGCUGCCGCAGCCGCCUACAAAUUAUCAACUUCCUUUGCCAGGCGAACCGCAGCAGCAACCACAAGCGUUGCCGCCACAAAUGCCGCAGGCUCCACCACAUCCUCAUGCUUAUAUGUCACCACAACAUCAACAGCCACAGCAGACCCAGCCGCAGCAGCUUCCUCCGCAGCCUCAGCCUCCAUACUACACACCAAAUGGACACUCCGUGAAUCCCGGCUAUAUGCCAGCCCAUGCGCAGCCAAUUCCCCAAGCAACACACAAUCAAAUCGAUCAAUUUAGUCAGCUGCAACAGCAAAUGUCAGCCUUGUCAAUGGCACAGCUAGGUGGCAUGCCACCACAAGCGGGAGCAGUUGGACCUGGAGCACCAGCAGCUGUUGCUCCCGUCUACAAUAUGCAAAACGAAGCCGUCAAGAAUAACAUUCCUAUCUAUCAGCAGCAGCGGUAAAACCGCAACAUAAAACUUUAGUUAACUUUACGCUUUACCCUAAACAAUUAAAUUUGAUUUGCCAAAAACAAAAACUUCAAAACUUCCUGUAUAAUUGUUUAAAAUUCUUACUUCUACUUCUGCUGUAACUAACUUCAACUGUUAAAAUCUCUUAUAUUUCUGCACUAUAAACCUUUUUUCGGCGCCAAAAACCAAGUUUUUGUUAAAAACGAAUUG